AUGCCGGGCUCAGCUGGCAAUGUAAGCCGCGGACUGACGGGUGGGCCACCCCCCACGGCCUCGGCCGGGGCCAGCGAGCGGGGCUGCGAGAACGGCGCCUUCAUGGACAGCUUUGGCAUCUUCCUGCAGGGGCUGCUUGGAGUCGUGGCCUUCAGCACCUUAAUGCUCAAACGCUUCAGAGAACCAAAGCAUGAAAGGCGUCCCUGGAGGAUAUGGUUUCUAGACACUUCAAAACAAGCCAUAGGAAUGUUGUUUAUCCACUUUGCAAAUGUCUAUUUAUCAGACCUUACUGAAGAGGACCCUUGUUCACUGUAUCUUAUCAACUUCCUCCUCGAUGCCACCCUGGGGAUGCUGCUAAUCUACGCAGGAGUGCGAGCCGUCAGCGUACUGGUGGAGUGGCAACAGUGGGAGUCCCUUCGCUUUGGCGAAUAUGGAGACCCACUGCAGUGUGGUGCCUGGGUUGGGCAGUGUGCUCUGUACAUCGUGAUCAUGAUGUUUGAGAAAACCAUCAUCAUCAUCGUCCUCCUAAUACCUCAGUGGAAAAAGGUAGCUCUUUUGAAUCCUAUUGAGAACCCCCAGCUGGAACUGGCCAUCGUCAUGCUGAUAGUUCCUUUCUUCGUCAAUGCAUUAAUGUUUUGGGUUGUGGAUAAUUUCCUUAUGAAAAAGGGAAAGACAAAAGCUAAGCUAGAAGAAAAAGAAGGCAGCUUGGACUCCAGAAAUGGAAGCAAAGUCCGGUACAGACGGGCUGCAUCCCAUGAAGAGUCAGAGUCAGAAAUCCUGAUGUCUGCUGAUGACGAGAUGGAAGAGUCAGAUGCAGAUGAAGACCUCCGAAGACUGACCACCUUGAAGCCUGUGAAAAAAAAGAAACACCGAUUUGGGCUGCCUGUAUGACGCACUUCCUGGCCUGGGGCCUGGCAAGUCUGGAGGCCACGGUCACUCUUGGUUUGGCAGGUUUUCAUUCCUAAGUGGCAUUUGACCUUUUCCCUCCCUUCUCAUCUCUGCCCUUCCUUCCACCCUUCCCUCUCUCUCUGCUACCCUACCUGCUCUGACACCUGUGACGUGGAACAAGGAGAAGAGAGCAAGAGCCCUCAAGAGGCUGUGGCACUUGGAGGUCACAAUUCAGUUGCACUACAGACACUGACCGAAUAUGCAACAGAGGUUUGGUUUGGGUUCUCCAUCCAUCCGGUGCCCAGUGUUGUCUUAUCAGGGACCAAAACUACACCAGUCUUUGUCUGACUUGAUGGAGCUGCAGAAGAAAAUGGACAUACAUGUAUGUGCUUGCCCAGCGCACGCACGCACACACAUACACUCAUGCUCUGCAGCUGCCUCCUUUCAUUUCUGGGGGGAAUGAUGAAAUGGGUCCCAUUUGGAGGAAAAAGUAAUCCAGACUGAUCAAGUUGGAGCCAGUAUGUUUUCUUACUAAAAAGUGGCUUUUGCAACAAUUAAUUCCUAGAACCCAGGAUAGUUUUAUGGUUAUGAGCCUUAACCAUGUUGAUGUUUUUAAGUCUCUGCAUUUGUUUCCUACAAGGUACCUGUGAAAUUAAUAGAACAGAUUUUUUUAAAGUCUUCUCUAUCUUAUGACUUUUAUAAUUUAAGUUAUAUUUUCAUACUGUUCUAUUUAAGGAUUCUUUUUUUAACCACCACCAAAAAGAAAAGAAAAGAGAUGGGAAUGUUUACCUUUCAAGCAAUGUGUAGAUGAGGAAGAGAUCAAAAGUUUUGCUUAAGAAUAAUUUAGUCAUUUCAUGACUGCAGUAAGGCAGAAGGUUGAUGAAAGGAACCAGUUCUCAGCUGUAAUCACCAGACUCUGUACGUGCUAGAUAUUGACCCCAAGCAAUGGAUUCUCCUCUCUGGUGGGCCAAAGUUCCCAUGACUCAGAAAGAGCUUUAUCUGCAGAUUUAGGCCACAGGCACCUUAUAGUAAAAAUGCCAUGUCUUCUGAUAGCCUACAAGUCUUCACUCUCCAUAAAGGACUAAAUCUUUAUGAGAAUUUGGCAUUCCUAGUCCACACUCCCCAUUUGUUCCUGAGCUAAUAGAAUGUUCUCAUACGUACCUCCUUUUUAAUUCCACCUUCAUUCUUCUUAAAUACAGAUCUGGCUAAAGUUAAAACCCAAAUCUCUUCCCACACCCAGAGACCCCCUUGCUUCAUUCAGAAACUAAGCUGAUCUGAGGAUCCUGCAUUGCUAAUCUUCCUUAAUCCUUCCCUGGAUCCCCAAAUUGCUGACUUAUUUUGCACACUUUGAUCAUUCUCUGUCCUGAGCUUCCUCCAGGUGACCACUCUUUCCUAUGCUCUCUGAUUCUUUUGAUUCAAAGAAGUAAGAUAGAAUCCCAGAAUCUGCCUCUCCAGAUCUCUAAGCUUCCAGGUUGGCAUUUGUCAUUUUCACAAGAGAAGACUCAUGCUUUUGGAUGGACCUUAGGCACCUGGGACUCUGAGCAUAGACCAGUUUGCUGAAAUCUGUGCUGCCCCACAUGGAGCCCCAGGCAGGGAGAAGCAUAAAGGGAUUUGCCACAGCUGAGACACCAAGGUGACAGUGUAGAAAGAAAUAGUAUAAUGACUGCUCCCCUCUCUGGAUAGCAGCUACAACCAAGCCUUAAGCCAACCAAAUUCAGUGAAUGACAAACA